AUGGGGAACGACGGCGUGCCGGCGACGGUGGCCGAGGUUGUGGCCGUGGCGGCUGUUGAGCUGACUGACGCCUCCAACUGGUGGCAAGACAUCGACGAUUCUCUGGUCUGGCAGGAUCGUAUAUUCUACACUCUCUCCGUACUCUACGGUAUCGUGGCCGCCGUAGCUUUGGUUCAACUGACUCGGAUACAAUUGAGAGUGCCGGAGUACGGUUGGACCACGCAAAAGGUCUUUCACUUUCUCAAUUUUCUGGUGAAUUCGGUUCGGUGUGUAGUUUUUAUCUUCUUUCGGGACGUGAGGAGGUUGAAGCCAGAGAUUGUUCAACACAUCUUGCUUGAUGUGCCGAGUCUUGCUUUCUUUACAACAUAUGCACUUUUGGUCCUGUUCUGGGCUGAGAUUUAUUACCAGGCAAGCACGUGCUGUAUCGACUGA